GAGAGAGAGAGAGAGAGAGAGAGAGAGCUGAGAACAUCCGGUGGAAGAGCAGACAGACUGCGGGAAGAGUCUUGCCCGGGUGGAGGGACAGCUCUGUAACAUACAACAAAAAUGGGAGUGGAAAUCGAGACAAUAACCCCAGGCGACGGAAGGACUUUCCCCAAAAAAGGACAGACGUGCGUGGUGCAUUAUGUCGGUUCCCUUACAGACGGACGCAAGUUUGACUCAUCCCGCGACAGGGACAAGCCCUUCAAGUUCAAGAUCGGCAAGCAGGAGGUGAUCCGAGGCUGGGAAGAAGGUGUAGGGCAGAUGAGUGUUGGCCAGAGGGCCAAGCUGACCUGCUCACCUGACUUUGCUUACGGGCACAAGGGCCACCCCGGCAUCAUCCCUCCCAAUGCCACCCUCAUUUUCGACGUUGAGCUGCUGAGGUUGGAAUGAAACCAAUCCACGGCCCGUUUUUUUUAUUUUAUUUUAUUUUAUGUGACUUCCUACCUGGGUGACUUGGAGAGAAGCUAGGAGAGUCUGCACUUGAUUCUAUAAGAGGCUUGAGUCAAUAGUUCCACUACGUUUAUGGUCAUUGUUUUCUCCAACUAUGAAAAUUUGUGUUAUUUUGUCUCAGUGACUCAGUUAUCUAUAUUUUUUUCCACCAUAUUCUUCCUCUUAAAAAAAAAUCUAUGGGCCAUAACCUUACAAACCUCCAUAUUCUUAAUCUUGAACUUUUGAAUUGUGCUUUACUUAUACUUUGCUUUGUUUUUGUGAAAUGUCAGUUGUGCAUGGUUAUGAUGAGUAAUACAAAAAUACCAAUGAACUAUUAGCAGUGACAUUCAUCUCUUAAGAUUCAAUGCAUACGAGUAUUGUAAUUUUAGAGGGCUGGCGUUGGUUUUAGUAACGGCGAAAGAAAACAAUGAAAAAAAUAUACAAAAGAAUAUGAAAAGCACAUGUUUGUAUCUAAAAUGCCUCCCGGCUGAAAAUCAGAAACAGUGAAAUGAGUUUAUAUUAGAGCAGUAGGGCUUAGUGUUGAAUUCAGUGGCAUAAGUGUUGUGAAAUGUCAAGUCAUGGGAGGCCUUAAUGAUGCAACACAGGAACUUUGUUUGAUACAUAAAAUGACCCCUUCUAGAUAGCGAUGCUCUGUUUUUCCUUACGUUAACUUUAGUAUGAGCUAGACAGGAGCAAUCGAUGCAGAUGAGAACCAGUCACAGCUGUAGAUAGUUCAAUCCAGUAUGUGUGCCUCAGUAUUGUCACCAGACACAUGGUUACACCUCGCCCUGUCUGCAUGAUCUAGGCCUGAUUGGAGCCCCUAGUCUGUACAUGGUGAAAGCUUUGCAUUUGACUUGCUUUAUUCUUGCCUUUUCAUCCAGUCAAAUCUUUAAACCCCAUUUAAAGCCAUAAACAAGUUGAACAGUGCAAAGAUAGGAACUGCGGUCAUGCACAUCAAUUGGACUUUGUUAUGCUUUCAUAGAAAAAAAAAAAAAGGGAAAUGCUUGAACAUUAGAAAAAGGGGGUUUAGGAAUCAAUCGAGUUGUGACCUCCCCCCAAACCUUAUUUUGUCUAACAACUUCCAUUAUCUAUUUUUCAGAUGCCAACUUUCUAUCUCUGAGAAUCGACAAAGCCACUGUAUAACCUGUGAUGAUAACUGUAAUGUUUUUUUUUUUUUUAAUUUUAUUAUUAUUAUUUGUUUUUUGUUCUUUUUUUUUUUCAGUGUCAUUAGUAAAGUACACCACACUGCCUAACUGGACUUUGUGUUGUGGUAGAAACAAUUCUGACACACAGUCAGGCAUCCUAGUGGUUUUGUAUCACAAAUAAAAAAGUUUUAAAUGGAGUUUAAAUGAAAACAAGGAAUACGCUGGCCUGGCUGUCAGACACUGACCAUGGCUGCUGAUGUUCCAUGCUGGCCAAGCAGCAGCUGGCAUGGCAGCGGUCCAUCUCUGUACUGUCUAGUUCUGUGCUGAUACGUUACUGUAUGCAGGCUAAACCAAUGAAGACAUUUAAAAUGUGCCGUUGCAAUAAAGUGCUCUCCACCUGCUUUUGGAAAA